ACUCUCUUGAUGACACGCUUGAUGACUUCCUGGGAUACGAUGAUGAAAUCCCUGUUAAAUCUGCCAGAUCUUCCCAGCCAGCUACAGGCAGCAGUCAGAGAGCCCCAGGCACCAGCUCACAGGCCAGCAAGAAGUCUUUUCUAGAGGAUGAUUUCGUCAGCAAACUCCCUGUGGAGGACAUCAAAGCUGCAGAGACACCCAGUGCCUCCAACGCAGACCCACAAGCUGUGCCGCAGACCCUGAAGGAUAUGGAUGACAUGGAAACUGAUCUGGGAAUAUCGAAACCCAGUUCUGGGCCAAGGAAGACAACUAUGAAAGCUCCUGGGAAAUGUGACUCCUUGGGAGGAAGAGUAGAAAACACAGGGAAGCUGCUAGCUCCUGAGAAAGGGGAGCCUGUGCCUGCGAUGGAAAAGAAGGCGCUCUCAUCCCCGCCUGCUUCCCGACGGUACAAGAAGUUUAACUUUGAAGAUGUUCCUUUGGCAGGACUUUUACCUGAUGAGGAGGAGGAUGCUCCCAAGAAGCCAGCUCUAGCAGGCACUAAAAGCAGCUCUGAGAAAAAGACAGAACAGAGCAAAGAGGAAGAGCCACCUCCACCCCAGACACCUCUGCACACUGUGGCCCCAGUCAAGAGGAGGCAGGAGCUCACGUUUGAAGAUGAUGGUGACGACCUGAUGGACGCACUGGGAUUUGGCAGUGACCCAAAAGGAGAUGAGAAGCAAGGAAAGAAGGCAGAAGAGGAGAAGCCCCGGCCGGCCCGCUCCAAGCUGGAUGAGUUGCUGGGACGAGGUUCUGUGGCCAAAGUUCUGGAGCAGCCAGGCAUGGGAGAGCGCAAGGAGUUCAAACUGGAUAAGAAGUACCAAAAGCAGCCAGAGAAGGAAGAGGGUUGGGACAAGGAGGAUUUUGUCUUUGGAGCAUACCAGCCCACCAUGGCCUCUAUGUCUGAGGGCCGGCUGGCGAAGAGGCAUUCUGUGAGGUUUUCAGCUGAGAGCAGCAGCAAACCGAAACCAGAGCCCUGCUCCAAACCUCCUCUUCCAGCCAGCCAGAGCUCUGUGCGAAGCAGCAAGGGUGGAGGUGACUGGCUGAACUUGAAAGAUGAGGAUUUUAUGGAUUCAGAGACACCGUCUCCAGCGAAGGGCAGUCCCGCAGUGAGCCAGUCCGGCCCUGCUGCGGCUGGGCAGCCCGGCCCCACCAGCCAGCUCCCAGCUGCAGAGGAGGCAGCGGCUAAACCUGACCCGCUGGAGGAAGACAACUGGCUGAGCACUCUCUUGUCUCACAAGAAAGCCCAAGCACAGGCAAAGGCGAAGGAGGGAAAUGCCAAGCUCUCGGAGGCCUCAGGCGAAGGGCUGGAUUGCCAUUUUCCUGUCAGCCAGCCAGCCGCCUCUGCAGGAGCACCGCAGCAGGCAGCUGCCCUGCAGGACAAGGCAGCGAGCGCAGACAGCUCCAGGGGGCCGGUCCCCUGGCUCAGCACCACGAAGCAAGCCUCAGCUCAUCCAUCAGAGUCUGCGAAGGGGGAUCCCUCCAGAGACACCAGUGCCCUGGUCCCCACAGCCUUGUUGCCAGGAAGGCAGGAGACGCAGGGCCCUUCCCAGCUCGCUGAGGUUACCGCACCCAGGGCACAUCUCCAGGCUGCUCCACAGCUGCAGGCAGAGUCCCCAGCCCUGGGCUCGCUGCCUGAGAAGAGUCUGGGUGCUCCUGCAGCCGAGCUCUACGGGGAUGCAUCAAGCUGUCGGGCAGCACUGGUCACUGCCCAGGCCCGUGUGGUAGAGCUGGAGAGCCAGGUCCGGUUGCUGGAGGUGGAGCGGACACAGCACAAACUGUUGCUGGAGAGUCUCCAGCAGCGGCACCAGGAGGACCUGAAUCUCCUCGAGAAUGCCCACAGGAGCCGGGUGAUGGUGAUGGAGGAGACCUGCAGGCAGCGGGAGGAGAAGUUGCGGCAGGAGAAGGAGCAGCUGGCGGCUCAGCUCCUGUCGCAGAGCCAGGACGCGGAGCAGGCACGGGCAGAGCUGCUGGCCCAGCAUCAGCAGCGUGUAGCUGCACUGGAGCAGCAGAGCAUGCUGGAGCUGGAGCGGAUGCGAGAGCUGCAGAGGCGAACCGUCCAAGAGAUGCGCAAAGACCAUGAAGAGCAGCUCCAGUGGCUGAAGCGGCUGAAAGACCAGGAGAUCGACGCGGUGACCAGUGCCACUUCACACACCAGGUCUCUAAAUGGCAUCAUUGAGCAGAUGGAGAAGUUCUCCAGCAACCUGCAUGACCUCUCGCACAAAGUGGAGGCCACGCGCCACACUACAUCCCAGGAGCUGGCCAUGGGGGCACAGCAGUGGGACAAGCAGGUCAAGGGGAGCCGACUCCGGGAGGUGAUCACUAAAAUGGAGGCCAGGCUGAGUGAGCAGACUCAGCUGCUGGAGCAGGAGCGAUGGAGGGCAACGACGGAGCAAUCCAAAGUGGAAUCGCUGCAGCACUCGCUGGAGGAGCAGCGGCAAGUCAUGACCCAGCGGCUUUCCAUAGAGCGAGCAGAGCUAGAGAGGGCAAAGAGCGCUUUGCUGGAGGAGCAGAAGUUGGUAAUGCAGAAGUGUGUGGAGGAGCGACGGAAGCUGACGGCCGAGUGGGCUGAAUUUCACACCCAGCAGCGGCUGAGCAAGGAGCGGAUGGAGCAUGACAUGGACCGAGCUCUGCAGAUGGACUCCCAGAGAGAGGACACCAUCAUGAGCCUGGCCAAGGAGCAGGCAGAGCUGAAGAUCCGGGGCCGUGAGCUGAAAGCUAAGGAGGAGCAGCUGGCAAGGGACAGGGAGCUGCUGGAUGAGGCCUUGCAGGAGCUGAGGCUGGAGAAGGAGAAGGUGAAGAUGAAUGGGGCUGUGCUGCGCAUCCAGCAGCGGGAGGAGGAGGUUAAAAACAUGAUCAAGCUCUCAUCCCAGAAGUAUGAGGAAGGGGAGCGAGCCUUGCGGGAGGCAUGCAGGAUAGAGUCUGAGCACCAGAAGAGGCUGCAGGUCAUACAGCAGCAGGUGGAGCAGCUGAAGCAGCAGGAACAGCGUCUGCACCAGGAGCGGCUGAGUGUGGCUUACCAGAAGAGACAGCUCGAACAGCUAUGUGAGGAGCUGCCCAAGAACCGUGUGAUGCCACUGAGCACAGACCAGGACCUCGGUGCCCCUACGAAAGGCCUCUCCAGCACGCUGUGCUUUCCGCCUCCUGUCAGGGUGCUCUCUUGGCACAGCCUGGAGGGUAGCAGGGAAACCCUGGCCAUGGCGAAUGCCACUGAGCUCUACACCAAGCUGCUGCUGCUGAAGCACAGGGCCCAGCAGGACCGCAGUUUCUUAGAGGAUGAGCAGUUCUUCCUGGAGACCCUGAAGAAAGUGUCCUACCACACUUCAUCUCUGUCAAACUGA